AUUUCAAUGCCACUCAAUCCAUCAAGAUCACAUUUGUGCUGAUGACAGUGACAAGAGCGAAGACAGUCCUAGUCCCAAGAGACAACGCCUUUCCCAUUCAGUCUUUGACUACACAGCAGCAUCACCAGCCCCAUCACCACCAAUGCGACCAUGGGAGAUGACAUCAAAUAGGCAACCUCCUUUGGCUCGACCCAACCAACACCACUUCUCAGGGGAACGAUGCAACACACCCGCACGAAACAGGAGGAGUCCUCCUGUUCGACGUCAGAGAACAAGAAGAGAUCGUUUGUCUAGACAUAAUUCUAUUAGCCAGGAUGAAAACUAUCACCAUCUCUCCUAUGGACAGCAGCAAGCAAUAGAAGAGCCUCGAGCCUUUCGCCCACCGAAUGUAUCUCCUCGUAUGUUGCACCCAGCUGCUCACCCACCACAGCAGAAUGCAGUGAUGGUUGACAUUCAUGAUCAGAUCCAUCAGGGCACAGUUCCUGUUUCAUAUACAGUGACAACUGUGGCUCCACAUGGGAUACCACUUUGCACAGGCCAGCACAUUCCAGCCUGCAGCACGCAGCAGGUCCCAGGGUGCUCAGUGGUUUUCAGUGGCCAGCACCUUCCAGUUUGCAGUGUGCCUCCCCCAAUGCUUCAGGCGUGCUCAGUUCAGCACCUACCUGUACCAUAUGCAGCAUUUCCACCCCUCAUUUCUAGUGACCCAUUCCUUUUGCAUCCUCCUCAUAUCUCUACACACCACCCUCCUCACUUACCUCCUCCCGGACAAUUUGUUCCUUUCCAAGCACAGCAGUCACGGUCGCCACUUCAAAGGAUAGAAAAUGACGUAGAAUUGCUUGGAGAACAUCUUCCUGUAGGAGGUUUUACAUACCCUCCCUCAGCCCAUCCGCCAACGUUGCCUCCCUCAGCUCCUCUUCAAUUCUUAGCCCAUGAUCCAUUACACCAGGAGGUGUCAUUUGGGGUACCUUACCCACCUUUUAUGCCUCGAAGACUCACAGGGCGCAGCAGAUACCGAUCCCAGCAGCCAAUACCACCACACCCUUACCAUCCCAGCCUAUUACCUUAUGUGCUAUCAAUGCUCCCAGUGCCACCAGCAGUUGGACCAGCUUUCAGCUUUGAGUUGGAUGUGGAAGAUGGAGAGGUAGAAAACUAUGAGGCACUGCUGAAUUUGGCAGAACGUCUGGGAGAAGCCAAACCACGGGGAUUAACAAAAGCAGACAUUGAGCAGCUUCCAUCCUACAGGUUCAAUCCAAACAAUCACCAGUCAGAGCAGACAUUAUGUGUGGUGUGCAUGUGUGAUUUUGAAUCAAGGCAGCUACUUAGAGUCUUACCCUGUAAUCAUGAGUUCCAUGCCAAGUGUGUUGACAAAUGGCUGAAGGCAAAUCGUACCUGCCCGAUUUGUAGAGCUGAUGCUUCGGAAGUGCAUCGUGAUUCAGAAUGACCAAUCUAAGAGCACAAAUCUGGUUUGGGUGUUUCUGGUCACAUGUAUAUAUGAACUCUAUUGAACUUACCUACCCAUGUGGCUUCCAGCCUGCCCUUUACACAAAAGGGGCAAUGGACCUUACUUUGCACUGUGUGACUUAAUCAAUUAUAAAGCUUAUAACUAGUCUUCACAGUUACGGGAUUGUUAUACUAACAAGUGUGAUUGGAACUCCAAAGAUUUUUUUUUUAGCUUAAUUUUGUGUGUGCACUAACAUUCCCUGGGUUUUGUGUGAUCAUUCCGAGUAUUGCUGCGAGAUUACUGUGGAUGUGAUCUUCUAGCAUGUGCUUUUAUAUAAAAGAAAAAGGAAAAAAAAGUGGUAGCUCCAAACAAUAUAGCAAUCUACCUUAUAUAGAGCCUUCAGAUACUGUGAGUGGGGAUGAAUGGUGUGAGUGUAUGUUUGCUUGUGGGAAGGUGAGUGAAGUAUGCUUGUGACUGGGUGUGUGUGUGUGAGAACCUAUAUACCAGCAUGUACUGAGAACGUAUGUGUGUAGUAAUAAUUAUGCUGCAAUGUAUAAUCUUGUGUGUUAUUUAAACAGUACUAGUACUGUACACUGGUUCCUUUCCUUGUGUUUGCAGUUGCACACUGAAUGCAAUGGGUGCAGCAAUUACAGACAUUUAGUAUUUUGUCCCCAGCGUACUUACAGGUGUAAAGACCUUUCUACCUACUACUAGUCAAACAGCUAUUAUGCUUCCCCUUCACUGGAGGCUUUAAGUGUGUACCACUAAAGAAUGCAUUGAUUGUUCAUACGUGAGUAACCUUGGGGGUUUUAUCAUAUGUUACAAAGUCCAGAUUUUUUCAUAUCUGAUUUACAAGUUAUUUUAUCAAUGUAGAGUUGCAAUAUCACAUUUAGCAAUAUUAAUGUUUUCAAUUGCUAAUAUGAAUAUCAAUGCUUUUCUGUUUUCCUUUUAAAUUUUUCUAGCUGGGUUUCCCAGUUAUGUGUUUCUUCCAUGAAAGGAAGCAGAAAGUUCACUGAGGUGUCCUGGUCUUGUGGAACAGCUCUUAACUUUUGCCCACUGUACUUGCUAAGGACAUCAUCUUUUAGCGUAUAAAGAUUGCCUUUAAUCACAUACAUUCUUCAAGGAAGUUGGUAUGUAACUAAAAUAACUUGUAAAAGGUUAGAAUUUUGUUCCUGCAAUUUAAUGAAUAAAAUACAUUUUUAGCGUUUUCUCAGAGAAGUAGAAUUUCAUAUUUCUUUCAUCCUAUCACAAGAGGAGGUAGGUUUUGGUCAUUACCUGCAGAAUUCAGUUGCCCUGAUGCUGCUUCUUUCACUUCCUUACUUCAUGAUGAGUGUAAUAGGAAGAAGGAACUCCCUAAGUUUUUUGCAAUCAAGUUUCCAGAGUGCUCCACUAGAGGAGAAAUUUGGAAUACUUUUCAGAACAGUGCUGUGAAAUAAGAGGGGAUAAUGUCUAUUCAAGUGCUCUGAAUAAUAUUUUAUUUAGGCCAUUGAAAAAAAAUGAGCUUUCUUUGUAAUAUUCACACUGUUAACCUGUCUGAUGUGUUCUAGCAUGUUUAGGUCUGCAUAUUCCACAGUUAUUAAAAGGAUGCACUUUUUGCAAUGAAACUCUUGUCAUAAAUUCAGUGUCAUUACUUUGGUUGCAGCAGCACAAGUGGCACAAUUAUCAGUAUUGCUACAACUUGCUGCCAGUUUCAGCUUUAAGUUUUUUCUUUAUCUUCUGAUGCUUGUGUAUGCUGCUAUGCUUUAGUAUCAGUUAAAUUUUCAAACAGUGUUAGAUGUUCUCCAUGAUGGUUUUCCUCUUUGAAGAUUUAACAGACCAGUUACAGCUCUUGGUGCAGCUAAAUAAAAGCACAAUUUUUCCCUGUUUCAGAUGUUUUUCCACUGUUUCGUUAUGCAGGUAGUCCUCAAAAACAGUGAAGCUCUCCAUACCUUACUUAGGAACACUAAAUAAAUAGAAAUGCUGUUACUUCCAGUCAAAAUAUUAGAAUUUCUUUUUCCUCUCUUCCAGUGGAUUUAAAGAAUAGACUUUUCACAAUAGCACCUAGCAGGUUAAAUUACAUGUAAUAAAAUUUAUUUUUUUAACAAAUAAAAUCAUGUUUAAAAAGCAUAUGUCGCAUAUGUCUUACAAAACUUAGCCUCUUUUAUAUAACUGCAAAAGAAAAAAAUCCAUGUACAGAUUUAAACAUGACUAAUGUUUCUCUGUUUAGUAUUCAGUUCAAAGCAUGGAAAGAGGGUACUUUUUCUAAACUUGAUACAAGUGAACAAGACACGUACUUCUGAAGCUGAGGGAAAGUAGUUCUCUUUCUGGAACUGGAGAAAUGUCCCUUUUCCCCCACUAAAAUUCAGUGAGACAAUGGAAGAUCUAGGAGAUGGAGGGUCUAAGUUGAUAAAAUCCUGCAAUUAAUUGUUGCACUCUUAUGGCUCAUCUCUUCUGGAAUGGUUCUUUGGUUUGCAUGGAUGAAUGUGGACUUGCUUCCCGUGGUUAGUGUGUACAAGAGCACACAUGCUUAUGUUUUAAAUCAGCUCAGACAGGCUACAACCACAUCCUCUGUGGUGGCUGUCAAGGGCAGGGGAUUUCUGUUCAGCUCUUAACUGCCAUGUAUUAUGCACAGCUGCCGUGGUGCCUGACAGCACCUGAAUUCAGCAACACUUCUUUUAUGUUCGUUGCCUUUCUGCAAUCCAAUGACUCUUUUUUCUCAAAAAAAAA